AUGGCUAUUUGGAUUACCCAGCGAAUUAGUCCUGCUCUUUCCGACCUAUGUCAUUGGAAGGCUCAGUGUCCUAAGUUGAGACAACAGAAUCAAGCUUGGAAGUCUAGCAGUCAGUCACAAUCUAAUGCUCAUCGACCACCUCAGGGUUAUAAACCACCACACCACAAUACUGCAGCAGUAGCUUCCCCAGGCUCUAUUACCGAUCCUAAUACUUUGGCUAAGCAAUUUCAGAAGUUUCUCUCCUUGCAGCCACAAGCAAUGUCCGCUUCUUCCAUAGGAUCUGCAGUCUCAGAAGCUGAUUGGGACAGGCCGUAGGGAGAAUGGACUAUAUAUUUUGGAUGAGUUAAAAGUGCCAGUUGCUGCUGCUACCGCUGCUGCUACUACUGCUGAUUUGUCUUCUUUUCGUUUGAGUCUUUCAUCUUCUAGUUUUUAUUUAUGGCAUUCCCGUCUAGGUCAUGUUUCAUCUUCUCGUUUGAGAUUUUUGGCAUCCACAGGAGCUUUAGGAAAUUUGAAAACUUGUGACAUUUCUGAUUGUAGUGGAUGUAAACUGGCAAAAUUUUCUGCUUUACCUUUUAAUCGAAGUAUUUCUGUUUCAUCUUCACCAUUUGAUUUGAUUCAUUCUGAUGUAUGGGGACCUUCUCCUGUUUCCACAAAAGGAGGGUCUCGAUAUUAUGUCUCUUUUAUUGAUGAUCAUACUCGUUAUUGUUGGGUUUAUUUAAUGAAACAUCGUUCUGAAUUCUUUGAGAUA